UAUAUUGGAACGAAUUCUUGAAAAUUAAUCAUUUUUUGCAGCUUUUGGAUGAUGGAACUACACGUGCACAAUCAUGAUAUCUCCAUCACUAGCCUCUCUUUAGGUGUUCUAAUUUGAUCGUAUAUAUAAUUGAUCAACAAAGAAUCGAUCUCUUUCCUGCCAGCUGAUCAGUAAUUAGAUUUGUUUGGUUUUCACAGUUGCGUAUGGGUUGAAAAGAACCCCAACUUUUUAGGCAGAUAGAAGAAGAAGUUGUACCAAAAAGGAUAGAUAAAAAGAUCGAUCGAUGGCGACUUACUACAAUGGAAAUACUAAUUCAGAAAUUCAAAGUGGUGACGGGUUGCAAACAUUAGUCCUAAUGAAUCCGGGAUACGUUUACUAUCCCGAAUCAUCUCAGCAACAACAACAACAACAGUCUGGGAACUUUGUGUUUCUUGAUCAUUCCAAUCAUCCUGGAAACAACAAUAAUAAUAAUAAUAACAACAAUCAUCAACAUCAACAGCAGCAUGGAAAUAAUAGUAUGUCUCACGCGCCUUCAUCUGCACAACAGACUCAGCAAUUUGUUGGCAUACCGCUAUCGGCAUCACCACCAUCAUCUGUCCACUCCCAACACGAUGUUUCUUCCUUGCACGCCUUCAUCCCACGAGCUCAUCAGUACAUGUAUACCCCAGUAGAGAUGGUCCCCGCGGCUCAACCACACCAACGUGAAGUCACACCAUUUCAACAAGGUUUGUCUUUAAGUUUGUCUUCUCAACAAUCAAGAUUUGGUUCUCAAGCUGCUGCAAGGCUGCCAAUUUCCCCUACUGGCGAUCAAGACGGGAGAGCGGCUGUUGGUGGUGGAUCGACGUCAUCUGCAUCCGGGAUUUCGAAUAGUGUCAACGGUAUGCAUAAUAUGCUGUUGAAUUCAAAGUACCUAAAAGCAACCCAGGAAAUACUUGAACAAGUUGUCAACGUUGGAAAAGUGGCACUCAAGAAUUCUGAUCCAUCAAUCAAGGAUCUGAAAGGCGUCGGUAGCGGUGAUGAUGAUGGAUCACCGCUACUGAUUACAGGAGAAGGAACCAGCCGAGAUGAAGCCGCCACCAAAUCUGGUGGCGGACCUGAACUUACUACAGCAGAAAGACAGGAAAUUCAGAUGAAGAAAGCGAAACUCGUUAACAUGCUUGAUGAGGUGGAGCAGAGAUAUAGACAAUAUCAUCACCAGAUGCAAAUAGUAAUCUCUUGGUUCGAACAAGCAGCUGGAAUUGGGUCCGCUAAAACUUACACCGCACUGGCUCUGCAAACGAUCUCCAAGCAAUUCAGGUGUCUGAAAGACGCGAUUAUGGGACAGAUUAAGGCCGCCAGCCGGAGCUUAGGAGAAGAAGACAGUUUAGGUGGUGGGAAGACGGAAGGCAGUGGUUCGAGGCUGAAGUUUGUAGAUAAUCAGCUUAGGCAACAGAGAGCCUUGCAGCAGUUGGGAAUGAUGCAACACAAUGCUUGGAGACCCCAAAGAGGGUUGCCUGAGCGUUCUGUUUCCGUUCUUCGUGCUUGGCUCUUUGAACAUUUUCUCCAUCCUUAUCCAAAGGAUUCGGACAAGCAUAUGCUUGCAAAACAAACAGGACUUACUAGAAGUCAGGUUUCAAACUGGUUUAUCAACGCUCGAGUCAGACUAUGGAAACCGAUGGUGGAAGAGAUGUACCUGGAGGAAAUCAAAGAACAAGAACAGAACGGAAUGGAAGAUCCUAAAUCGGGCAAAAACGAAGAAAACCAAGAACAUUCAGCUUCCAAAGGUGAGAAAAGUCUCUCACCAGAAAACUCGAACAGAGGAUACAGGGCCACCAAACAAGAGAAUUCCUUCCACGCGGCACCACCAAUGACAGUUUCCACCAGCGUCUCGACGUCUCCAAAUGCCACAGGGAUAAACUUACAAAACCCAUCUGGUUUCAGCCUCCUUGGAUCCCUAGAAAUGGAGGGGAUAACACAAUUUAGCCCCAAAAAACCAAGAAACGACGGCCGACAGCAACAGAACCAGAACGAAGGCGGAGGUUUCACAUUAACCGGAAGUAACCCAACCGAUUUCAUGGGGGGGCUCGGGGGUUAUCCUAUUGGCGAAAUAGGAAGGUUCACCACUGACCAAUUCCAACAGCAGUACUCAGGGAAUGGAGUCUCGUUGACCUUAGGUCUACCACACUGUGAAAACCUAUCGAUUUCUGGAAGCCACCAGAGUUUCCUCCCUAACCAAAGUAUCCAGCUCAGCAGGGGAGCAGAGUUAGGGGAAGAAAACGAUUAUGGCGCCAUGAAUCCACCAUCUUCUUCACACUCAGCAGCCAUGUACGACUCCAUGAACAUCCAAAACCGUAAGAGAUUCGCAGCACAACCUUUGCCAGAUUUUGUUGCUUGAACAAGAUCAAAAAAUCAAGAAAUAAAAACAAGAUUUAUUACCCUAGAACAGAUCUAUACUUUGAUCAAGAACAAGAACCAUUAGAGUUCUAUAUAGAUGCAGAUUAGGUUUUUCAAGAAUCAUUGGAUGAUUUGAGGACUGUAUAUUAAUUUUGUAUCAGCAGAUGCAUAUAGAUGGAUUGGAAGGAAUAUUGUAUGUAUGUAAAACUACUUAUAUAUCUUUGGAUUGGGGGGUAUACAAAAAAUUAUUUAUAAGUA